AUUCAGUCUUAAUUAUUUAUUCCCGUCUUUUUCGAUAACUUGCUUUAUUGUCGACAAGUUUUAUCGUAACAAUGACAGCACCGCCACCGCCACUCGUGGAACUUCCUCCGGGAUCUAUGGUUGAAAGAUGGUCGAUUACAAAGAAGCUGGGAGAAGGAGGCUGUGGAGCCGUCUAUUUGUGCACGGAUGCAACUGGAAAGUAUGCACUGAAAGUCGAGGGAAUCUCUGAGGCAAUGCAGGUGCUCAAAAUGGAAGUGUUGGUGCUCGGAGAGCUGACAAAGAGAGGAAGUCGUCACUUUUGCAAGAUUGAAGACAAAGGAAGAUAUGGCAGUUUCAACUAUGUUGUAAUGACGCUUGUCGGAAAGUCUUUGCAGGAUCUUCGCAAGGGAACCGCUCAACAAUGUUUGAGUCUGGCCUGUUCUCUCAGUGUCGGAAUCCAAUCCUUGGAAGCUCUUGAGGAUCUCCACAACAUUGGAUACCUGCACCGUGACGUGAAGCCCGGAAACUAUACGAUUGGCCGUGCCGAGUUAAAUGAACUUCGUAAAGUUUAUAUCCUCGACUUCGGAAUGGCUCGCAAGUUCACGGACAACAAUGGAGUGAUCCGCAAACCAAGAGCUGCCGCCGGAUUCCGUGGAACUGUUCGCUAUGCGCCAAUCGCUUGCCAUAAGAAUCAGGAGCUUGGAAGAAAAGAUGACGUGGAGGUUUGGCUCUACAUGCAAGUUGAGCUGACUGUUGGACGUGUUCCAUGGAAAGAGAUCACCGACAUGAACGCAGUUGGACAAGCCAAGCAAACGAUCCGCAAUACUCCAGAAAAGAUGUUUGUCUUCCCGUGCCCAGCCAACGAGUUGAAGGAAAUUAUGAAGAUGGUUGAUAGCUGGGACUACUUUGCCGAUCCAAACUAUGCAGAUUGCUAUAGAUUGAUGAAGCAAGCCUUGGCCAACUGCGGAAAGCCCGAAUACCCGUAUGACUGGGAGCCAGGAAUGCCGCUCAACUACAUGGUGAAAUAAGUUGGUUGUCGCAUAAAGAGUCCCAUAGAACUCCUUUGAUUGAUUUGAAUAAAUGGUUUUAUAAAUGUCGAGGUUAUUA